GUGGCAGAAAUCAUGAGGAGGAGCCCCGCGUGUGCCAUUGAAAUGUCACAGGAAGGAGCUAGAACAUUUUCCUGACGGCUGUGCUUCUGCCGAGAUUAUUUUUCCUGAGUGUCCGCGAGAGUUGACGGAGGAGGCAGACCUCACUGAACCAAGAACAGAUCUAGAGCUAGCAACAGUUGGUCAGAUUUUACUGUGUUUUGGUUACCCGAAAUCUGCAUUGCUGGGUCCGGAACCCUUAGUCCAUGGAUAUUUUGCCUUUACAAUCUGGAUUCACCUAACAAACUACCAUGGAGUAAGCUUAACAGACUCUGAACGAACAGCUACCAUGCGUAGAUUCAGCUCUGAGGGCUCCCUCCUGGAUCUUGACUUCUUUCCGUGGAGGAGGGUGGAACUCAAGAACCCAGAUUAUGGAAGAAACUUGGAGUCUGGCACCUUCACCUCUCAUGUGGAGGACAAUGAGCUGGAUGGGAUUGUACCUGGUCUGGCUCCCACUAUCCAGGAGCCCAGUGCGAGUCCCAGCCAGGUGGGGAGGAAUGAGCUGUCAAAGGAACACAGCAUCAGUGUGGAGAACCUGAGUGAGCUGGAGAAACUAGACAAAAGUCACCUUAGAGUUGGUGUCAUCAAAGAAGGCUGCAGGGCCUACAGUGACAGCCAGCUGGCACCAGCCGCCAAAGGCAGCACUGAGAACCUGGAGAGAGAUGACCAGCCUCCCCCAUCUCCUUCAUCCAUCUCCAGCCCUUUCUCCUUUAAAUCCCAGCACCCGCACCCGCAUCCGCAUAGAGCCAAACUGUCAGCUGCUAAACUGCACCUCAGGAGUCUGUUUGGACAGAGUCCUCAUUCAUCAAAUUCCAACCUGUUUAAUGCAGAACAGAAAGACAGAGCUAAAGACAGAAGAUCUCGCCUGCUCUUUAUGCGUCAGUGGAGUCAGGUGGGGCACACUAAGAAAAGGAAGAUCAGUCGAGAUGAGCUGGAAAAGUGGGCCGAGUCUUUGAAUGCCCUGCUAGCCAGUCAAACUGGUGCUUCAGUGUUUGGAGCAUUCCUGCGCUCUGAGUUCAGCGAGGAAAAUCUGCAGUUCUAUCUGGCCUGUGAGCAGUACAGACACUCAUCCAACAACUUCAGCCUUCAGAGGAGGGCUAAAGACAUCUGUGCUACUUUCAUCCAACCAGGUUCGCCCCGGGAGGUGAACCUGGAUAGUAAGACCCGAGAUUUAACCAUCCAGCUGCUGCAGGCUCCCUCACACACCUCUCUGUCCCAUGCUCAGAAACGCAUCUACUCACUUUUGGACACAGACUGUUACCCACGCUUCCUCCAAUCCAACAUCUACCUGUCUUUACUCGGAGAAGCAGACUAGCAGCCACACCUGCACUCAGGAAGAAGAACCGCGUCUCAGUAACUUCAAGGACUUGCAGGACUUCCUAGACAUGGUAGAUCAUAAAGAUCUAUGAUGUCUUGAAAUGAUGGCGCUGCUGUGUAUAAAGUGUAUGUUAAAAUAUAUCUGGAACAGAUGUUGAUGCUUGCUGGCAUUCCAACACUGUGUGUAGGAAUGUAAGAUUCAAUUAUUACACAACACAAGAUUGUAUGAUGAAAUUAGAAAUGUCAUUUUAUGCUACUCAGGAAAAUACAAACUAAAUAAAUAAUCAAGCAAUAAAACUAAAA